GCAUCUCCGCUGGUCCCAGGGGGCAUACCUCCGGAGGUAUGGUCGGCCAUCUCCUGCGUGUCCGCGCACUUCAGAGCCCUAGCUAACAUCCGGAGGGACCUUGUAGACAUCGGAAGGACCCUAUCCUCGGUGGACCUCACGUGUAUGGACGGGGUGGUUGCGGUUGUGAGCGCUCCGCUCUAUGGUGCGCGAUACUCAUGAUCACGGACCCAAGUUGAACGGCCAGAUCGCAGUUGCGCCAUGCGCACUCCGUGUCGUCCGCGCGCUACAUCUUCAACGUAACUCGGGCCUUGCUUGUCUGUUUGAGCACGUUUCGACUCACGGUUGCCAGAGCGUUCUGCCCAUUGUUUAAGCUUAGGGCGAAGGUCCGACUACCAUAGGUUCUCACCGAUGCAUCUACGGGCAAAGAGCUCGGACGUGAGGUCCAGGGGCAGACACGGAGGCCCUGCAGCUGGUUUGCAAUUGACAAGCGAUUACAUUUUGCACUAAAGUAGCUAUGUUACUACGUG